CCCGCCUCCCUGCGCCCCGCCCCGUCCCGUCCCUCCUCUUUCCUCGGAGGAAACUUUCCGCCGGCUGGUCCAUCGACCGUGUCCGGCCCGCGCUGCCGCGGCCUGGGAGCCGAGCUGGGCGAGAGGGAAGGCUGGGCCCGGCUGUAUGCGGCCGCCGGAGCCGGGCAGCCGGGCAGCGGGGCGCUGACGGUGGAACCCGGGGCCGCUCCUCCAGCAGCUCCGAGGAGGAAGCCGGUCAAGCCCAACUCUGGGCUGGGAGAAGGAUCUGACCUUGCGGACCUCACAGGCUGACAGGGGAGCUGCCCCCCAGAGCAGUAUGGAUGCCCCCAGAAGGGACAUGGAGUUGCUCAGCAACAGCUUGGCGGCCUACGCACACAUCCGCGCUAACCCUGAGAGCCUUGGCCUCUACUUCGUGCUGGGCGUCUGCUUCGGCCUGCUGCUGACCCUGUGCCUACUGGUCAUCAGCAUUUCGUGCGCGCCCCGCCCGCGGCCCCGGGGCCCCGCUCUGCGCCGGGGUCCCCGCAGCAGCACCCUGGAGCCCGAGGACGACGAGGAAGAUGAAGAGGACACGGUGACGAGGCUGGGCCCCGACGACACGCUGCCUGGCCCUGAGCUGUCGGCGGAGCCGGAUGGGCCUCUCAGCGUCAACGUCUUCACAUCUGCCGAGGAGCUGGAGCGGGCACAGAGGCUGGAGGAGCGAGAGCGGAUCCUGCGGGAGAUCUGGCGUACCGGGCAGCCAGACCUGCUAGGCACCGGCACGCUGGGGCCCAGCCCCACGGCCACCGGCACUCUGGGCCGCAUGCACUAUUACUGACCAAGCCCGGCUCCGCUUCCGCUGCACGGCGCUCUGGGCACUGGACGUACAGAUGAGCCCAGAGCUGUCCCAGGACCUUGGGACUGCCCCUGCCCCCACGGCUCCCCUGGUGCAACCGGGCAUGGACUGCCACCCUCGGAGGGGAGCAGGAUUCGGGGGUCUUCCCCUGUGGGGGAUAAUGAAGAGGUGAAGUGACCAAUGAAAGCUGCGUUCUCUGUG